AUGUUCAGCAGCACUUAUAUAAACAACUUCCUCUACACAUGGCCCUUUCAGGGUAACGUAGCCCCGGUCCUCCGCUGGGUUGGCAGCAAGAAAGCGCACAUGUUCCGCCAAGCCGUCCAGAAGAUGAUCACGGCGCGCACGUCUCAGCCAGCUGAUGCGAAGCCAGACUUCUAUGCUUCCGUUACUGGGGAAGGGGGCCUACAUCAGAGCAAGGUCUGGUCAGAGGCCCUGUUCUUCGUAUUGGCCGGGGGCUCAACGGUUGCCACGGCCAUGGUUGGUACCCUGUUUCACCUGUCGUGCCAUCCGGACGCGUAUGAUCGUGUUGCCACAGAGGUACGCGGGACCUUCUCGUCGGCCCGUGAAAUACAGCCCGGAGCGAAGCUUGCUACUUGCACUUACCUGCGCGCCGUGAUUAAAACCUUUCAUUGUGGACGGCCACGUGAUCCCACUGGGUACUGA